AUUGGCAGUUGGCGUUGCAGGAGCGCCAUGUUGAUGCAAACAAAAGAAACAACAUCAUUGCUUUCAUAACAGUUCAUUACAGAAUGAAAAUGAUGGCGGAAUAUAACAUGCUGCCCAGCUUUCCAUAAACCGGAGCUCUUCAUAAUGCCGUUUCCAAUCACCACUCAGGUUCAAACAGCUCAGCAGACCCCAAAGCACUAUGGGAUCACAUCUCCCAUCAGCUUGGCGCCGCCGAAAGAGGCCGAUCUGGUGCACACGCGCAAGCUGACGGAGACGCUCCGACCCUUUGGAGUUUUUGAGGAGGAGCUGGAGCUUCAGCGGAGAAUCCUUGUGCUUGGAAAGUUAAAUACAUUGGUUAAAGUGUGGAUCCGUGAUGUCAGUGAAGCUAAGAAUAUUCCAGCUUCAGUGAUUGAUAGUGUUGGUGGAAAAAUCUUCACGUUUGGAUCCUACAGGCUUGGAGUUCAUACAAAGGGUGCUGAUAUUGAUGCUCUCUGCGUGUCCCCCCGUCAUGUGGAGAGAACAGACUUCUUUUCCUCCUUUUAUGAGAAGUUAAAGGAGCAGGAGGAAGUAAAAGACCUGCGGGCAGUGGAGGAAGCAUUUGUUCCAGUGAUUAAGCUGUCCUUUGAUGGCAUUGAGAUUGACAUACUGUUUGCCCGUCUGGCGCUACAAACCAUUCCAGAGAACCUGGAUUUGCGAGAUGAUGGAUUACUGAGGAACCUUGACAUUCGCUGCAUCCGAAGUUUGAACGGUUGCAGAGUGACUGAUGAGAUUCUUCACCUGGUGCCCAACAUAGAGAAUUUCAGAUUGACUCUCAGGGCAAUCAAACUGUGGGCCAAACGUCAUAAUAUCUACUCGAACAUCCUGGGAUUUUUGGGGGGCGUGUCUUGGGCCAUGCUGGUGGCAAGAACUUGCCAACUCUACCCCAACGCUGUGGCCUCCACCUUGGUCCAUAAGUUCUUCUUGGUUUUUUCAAAGUGGGAAUGGCCAAACCCAGUCCUUCUGAAGCAGCCUGAAGACUGCAAUCUCAACCUCCCAGUCUGGGAUCCUAGGGUGACACCCAGUGACCGGUACCACCUCAUGCCAAUCAUAACACCAGCGUACCCUCAGCAAAACUCCACCUACAAUGUCUCUGCUUCCACUCGGGCCAUCAUGGUGGAAGAGUUCAAGCGUGGUCUCGCCAUCACGGAUGAAAUAUUGCAGAAUAAAGCAGAUUGGUCCAAACUAUUUGAAGCACCAAACUUCUUUCAGAAAUACAAGCAUUAUAUAGUGUUGCUAGCAAGUGCACAGACAGAGAAGCAGCACUUAGAGUGGGUGGGCCUUGUGGAGUCAAAGAUCCGAAUCCUGGUGGGAAACCUGGAGAAGAAUGAGUUUAUUACGCUCGCACAUGUGAAUCCGCAGUCAUUCCCUGGACCAAAAGAGGGCAAUGACAAGGAGGAGUUCAGCACAAUGUGGGUGAUAGGUAUUGUCUUCAAAAAAAUGGAGGGAUCAGAGAAUCUUAACGUGGACCUGACGUUUGACAUCCAGUCCUUCACAGACACGGUUUACCGACAGGCAAUCACUAGUAAGAUGUUUGAGCAAGACAUGAAAAUCACAGCCAUGCAUGUGAAGAGGAAACAACUGCAUCAACUACUGCCCGAAGUGGCCAUUCACAGGGGCAAGAGAAAGCAUUCGUCGGACGGCCUUCGUGUGAUGAAUGACGGCAGUCUUGACCUAUCAGUUGACAGUGACAACAGCAUGUCAGUCCCCUCACCCACAGGCCCUUCAACUGCCAAGAGCGCUCGUGCCGCCAGUCCUCAGGGUAGCUCCACUGGGACAGCCACAAACACCUCAGAUGUGCAGGGUAAAACAGAUGCUUCAAGUGCAAGCAUGCUCCCAUCUGCCGAGGACGGCAUCAAGCCUGUUAAUGUCGUUGCGCAAAAGGGUCCAACUCCACUGAAGCGACCUGCCUCACCCAUUCAGCAUGAAACGGAAAAGAAACCCAAAGUGGACAGUGAACAACAGAACCCUCAGUCUAGUCCAUGUUUAUCAGCAGGCCCUGCCGUGAAGAGACCUGCCUCACCCCACGUGAAUGAGAUGGCCAAUAGAGCCAAAGUAGAGGAACAUUCAAGCCCUGAAGCAAAGUCCUCAGGUGAAGCUGAUGGCCAUGUAGCUGUGGCUCCAGUGCAGACAGAUGAAGAAGCUCCUUCAGACGGUGAGCUCAAAACAGAGACUGAAUUAACGGAGGUGGACACAGCAGAGAAGACGCCUCCUAUCCAGAAAGCAUCCAGUGCUGAUCUGUCAGAUGUUCCAAUUCUCCCGACCAACCCCAUUGCUGUGGUGAAGAACUCCAUCAAGCUGAGACUCAGCAGGUAGAACUGGCAUGAUUCUUUGCCGCUCUAAUACUCAGGAGGUGAAAGCCUGUCGUUUCCCGGCCAUGGCAAUGCCAAUCUCCACAAGAGGGCAGCUCUGUUCUUCCACAAACCUUCCCUGAGCCCUCUACUUCCCUCCCCUACUACAAUAAUAAAAAAAAAAAGAAACAAAAAAAGAUGUCACACCCAACAACCUCAUUGUGAUUAAUAAAUGUGUUUGUGUCAUUUAGUGCCCAUGCUUUGUAAAGUUUCCUGGUCCCAUUCCUCCAUUUAAGUUAAAAGACACUGUUGCUGUAGGCUGCUGCUGCUUUUUUUUUUUUUUUUUUUUUUGUAAACAAUAAAGUGACAUGUAAUUAUAUUUCAGGGUACAUUUGGUCCUUUGGAGACCAUUCCACCUUAUUGUACAGAGCCGAUGGUGUAGAUGAGAAUCAAGCCAGCAGGUAGAGAUGCUUUGAAUCAGCGUGUACUAAUGAAUCUAGCUCACUAAUACAGCUGUAAUUUAGCCAGAUCGCUCUGAGAUUGGUGUAAACAUCAUGUUUUUGCUCUGCUGUCUUAGCAGGAUGGUAAUUAUGGUUGUUAUUAGGAGUGUAAUAGCUAGUAUUCCCAGCAUGCUCUGAUUCUAGUGCUCUCAGAUGUCCGAAAUGAGCAGACCAGUGCUGGCUAUUAAUUUAGGCUUAUUUUUCCAUGUGUAUAUAUAUUCAUUCAAAUAGAGACAAAAAUAUUGUGACUUUUAUUUGCUUUGAACAGCUUGGUUUUGCUAUUAAUAUCCUGGACUUUUUUUUCAUUAUGUGGAAUGGAAGGUGCAUUUUGAAUGAUUAAAAUGCCAGGUCAACUUAUUACUGUUGACCUUAUUUUGAGGAUAAGGACGUGAAGAUAAAAGAAUGACACUUUUUUUGUUAAGUUUAGAUCUAAUGAUGUUUUAUUGGUGCAGGAAAGUGAUUUUGUUCAUUUUGGAGACAUGUACAAACUUUUCUUAUUCUGUGUUUAGCUGAUUCAGUGAGAGAUGUGUUUUGUCUUGGUCUGUGUCGACUGUGGAUACGUGUAACGCUGCCCCAGAAACACUGUCGUCACAGCACAGAUUCACUCCUAUGAAAUGCCUUCUAUGGCCUUGCAAUGCUCUUUCAGUUCUUUCAUACACUUAUUUGUAAGAACAAGGUAUUGUACUUUUUCACAAAUAAAGGUCUACAUUGUUGCAAA